UACCCCGGUCAUAAUAUUUACGUGCGGAGAGUACUUUAACCACGUCCGCGUCAAUGAUCUCAUUUCCCAUCUACGGCGUCAGCAGCACUUUGAGAAUUUAGUAACAUCUGUGCACUUCUUAUGGAUUUAAGAAGCGCGAUUCGCCGUGCAUAAUUAUAUAAAGAAUCAAAAUCAUACAAAAAUUACUCUGUAGCGACUGUGAUUCCUUCACAAGCGAUAACAACCAUGGCGGCACACGCCCUCGAUGACUACUAUCUGGGAAUCACGGCCCUCAUCACCGUUGUAUUCCAGCUCCUUUUCUUCUUUGUCGCGUAUACGCUUCAAUUCGAUAAAGUCACCGAUCUCGCAGGUGGCUCCAACUUUGCCAUUCUGGCCAUCGUGACACUGGCAAUGGGAGGCUAUGUACAUGUCCGCCAGCUCGUUGUCACCAUAUUUAUGCUUGUAUGGUCUGUAAGACUAGCAGGCUUUCUCUUCUUCCGUAUCUUGCGCACUGGCCAUGACGAUCGCUUCAACGAGAUGCGCUCCGAGUUCUUCUCCUUUCUUGGCUUCUGGAUCUUCCAGAUGGUCUGGGUCUGGACGGUGUCCCUCCCAGUUACUGUUCUUAACUCGCCCAAUAUUACACAAUACGACCAAGUCAAGUUUGGCACUGGCCGAGAUAUUGGCGGUAUUAUUCUGUUCGCGAUUGGCUUCUUUAUGGAGGUGGUCAGCGAUGCACAAAAGUUUGCGUUCCGCAACUCUCACGAUCGUUCCGCCAUAUGCGACAGCGGAUUAUUUGCAGUCUCCCGCCAUCCAAACUACUUUGGUGAAAUUAUUCUUCACUUCGGUAUAUAUAUGAUUGCAGUAUCGCCCGCGACUGACGGGUACGUCAAUAACGAGGCAUACAACGCACUCUACGCGUCCAUUGUAGGGCCUUUCUUCAUUACAUUUCUUCUCAUGUUCCUUUCUGGCAUGCCCCUUUCGGAGCGGCCAAAAUCAAAGGACCGGUACGAGAAGAACAACAACUGGCCGGCUUAUAAGCACUGGCUGGACCGCACGAGCAUUCUUAUCCCCUUCCCACCGCAGUUAUACGAGAAGGUACCGACAAUUCUCAAGAGAACCAUCUUGUUGGAAUUCCCCAUGUAUGUUUUCGACCCAGCGAAGCACUCGGCCUCGAGUGCGCCAGAUGCGGAGGCGGCACAUGAACAAAGCCGAGGAGAUGCCGAGGACCAACGGCAAAGCGCAGAAGCCAGAUUAGUUUAGACAUUUUAUUAAAUUAAACUAUGAUUCUCUACGCCUAUAAAAAGGGAGUUGAAGUUGAAAAUGCCAGUCUGCUACACGCCCAAAAUGAAAAACACCCCUACCUUUAAUGCUUUUCGAUGUCUACCGCGCCAUGAUUUUACUUUGUGAGCUCCCCGAAAACAACAAAGGCCAAGACGUACUAAAUGCAAUAUUCAACGGAAUUUCCAAUGAUAUGAGUCCUUAUGCGUUAGUAUCCGCAUCUGCGCUGGGUGAAGGAGGCUGGUCGAUGGCAUUCUGCAGUUUGACAAACUCGGUUGGCGUGCUUGCAUCUGAUGCAGUUUCUGCUCCUUCAGGAAUGGGCACCAUGGCGCUGUUGGUACAGAUAUGUAUGGCUUGGGACCAAUCCAGGCCUUGGAUGCAGCCGCCCUUGACGGAUACAAAAUCUUGGGCCUGUAUAGAAGACGUGUUAGACAUGGGACGGUAGUCCAGGAGAGGAGGAAAGAACAAACAGGAGUUGAAUGGAGGAGUCUAGUGCCGCAUUGACGACAAAAGUAGCUGAAUUGAUCAUUAGCAUAUAAAGAAAAGUCGCCACCUUCAAACCCGAAUGAGCUCCUUACCAGUAUAAGAGAGGUCCCUUGGCAGUCGGUCGGCUGGCGGGGUGGCAUAUAUUAGCACGCGUCUCCAUAUCGGAAGAGAAGAUCUAUAAUUCAAGUAAACUAGUAAUACGCACGAGUAGCAGCUCAAAUUUUCAUUCUCCGGCAGCGCAAACCGGGGGAAUAUGGCCGACGUGCCAAAGGCGGAGCCGGUCUGCAACUUACACCCGCGACAAUGGCAUAUAUACAGCGCCAGGGGCGACGGGGAGGGUGUUUUGAAUGCAACGGCACCGCAUUGGCAUCGAGUGUCCAUGUUGACGAGUGAAUUGGGUCUCCCUUUGGACGGGAGGGCAACAGUGAGGGGGACACGUGUGCGUGAAUACGGAACCCUGGACGCAGACGAGGGCCAACGGUAUAAGUUGGGGAAAAGAGAGUGGAAGUGCUGAAAAAGGCCACACGGUGAGAAACCAGCGGCACGAGGAGAAGA